AUGGCUGCCAACAGCAUCAAGUAUGUCUGGAAGAUCCCCAAGCCAGACAAUGCGCGCCAGGCCAAUGCAUUGAUCAACUCGGCAUACUAUAUCGCAAUCCAAGCUGAUCCCAGCGUAUGCGAAAUCCUGAUCAGAUCCGACAUCCAAACAACCACCACGCUCCAAGGCAAGUCCCGUCCUGUCGCACCAUACAUUAAGAUUUCCACGAAGAAUGAGAAACAAUGCCAGGACAAGACACACGAUACGAUUCAUGGAUUUACAGCCUCAGAGGACCUUUACGUGAUUGUGGACGUGUCGUCGAGCGGGUAUAUCACGCCGGACAGUACUCUCGACACCCAGGGCAAUGAAAUCUGGCCGGAGGGGCUUCCGUCCGAUGUCCGUUCUGCUUAG